AUGAGCCGGAGCUGGGAGGCGGCGCGGAGCUUCGUGGAGCGGCUGGAGGCGCGGGGCGGCGGGGCGGGCGCGGGUCUCGCCGGCGAGUUCAGCGACAUCCGGGCCCGCCAGAUCUCCUGGAAGGCUGACAAUGUGUACCCCGCCAACGCCGGCUGCCAGCCGGAAAAUGUGAAGAAGAACCGCUAUAAAGAUGUGGUGCCUUAUGAUCAGACCCGGGUGAUCCUCUCCCUGCUCCGGGAGGAGGGACACAGUGACUACAUCAAUGGCAACUUCAUACGGGGUACAGAUGGCAGCCAGGCCUACAUUGCCACACAGGGACCCCUGCCCAACACCUUGCUGGACUUCUGGCGUCUGGUCUGGGAAUUUGGGGUCAAGGUGAUCCUGAUGGCUUGUCGCGAGGUGGAGAACGGGCAGAAAAAGUGUGAGCGUUACUGGGCCCAAGAGCAAAAACCCCUACAGAUCGGGCUCUUCUACAUCACCCUGAAAAAGGAGAAGUGGGUGAAUGCGGACAUUAUUCUCAGGACUCUCCAAGUCACCUUCCAGAAGGAAUCCCGACGUGUGUAUCAGCUGCAGUAUAUGUCCUGGCCAGACAGAGGGGUGCCCAGCCACCCUGAGCAUGUGCUCACCAUGGUGGAGGAGGCACAUCGCCUCCAAGGAUCUGGCCCCUGCCCUCCCCUCUGUGUCCACUGCAGCGCAGGCUGUGGUCGAACAGGUGUCCUGUGCACUGUGGAUUAUGUGAGGCAGCUGCUCCUGACCCAGACAAUCCCACCUAAUUUCAGCCUCUUUGAUGUGGUCCUCAACAUGCGGACACAGCGGCCCUCCUUCGUGCAGACAGAGGAGCAGUACAGGUUCCUGCACCACACAGUGUCUCAGAUGUUCCUCUCAGCGCUCCAAAAUGCCACCCCCCACAACCAGAACCUCAAGGAGAAUCGUGCUCCACUAUAUGAGGCCGGUUCCCCGCGGCCUCCUCCGGACCUUCUUGCCAACCCUCGCCCAAUCGGCGGGGUGCUCAGGUACUACCCACACGCGUACCCGAAGCAGCGCCCAGCGCCCCCAGCCGUCCCCCGCGCCUGCCCCCAGCCCGCCGGGCGCCAGUCUCGGGAACCCCGACGCCGGCGCCCCCCGCCCUCGCACCCCCCCCCAGCCCGCGGGGCGGAGGGAGGAAGCGGCGGGUGCUCCCCGCCCCCCGCCCCCGCCCCCGCCCCCGCCCGCGGCCUCACUUCCUCCCGCCCGCAGGAGCCUCCCAGCGCCCGCGCAGGCCCCCGCCAUGGACGACACCUACGCGUCGGUGCAGAAGCGCGGGGCCCCGGCGGCGGCGGCGCGGGCCGGGGGGAGGCGCUCUACAGCCAGGUCACCCCGCGCGCGCUGCGAGCGCCGGCGCGCGCGGGGGACGAGUCGGGGGCGCCGCCCAGCCGCGUUCCCGCGGAGCGAACCCCGGCUGCAGCGAGUGCCUACGAGGAUGUGGCGAACGGGGCGCCCAGCGGCGGGCUCGGCUUCAAUCUGCGCAUUGGAAAACCGAAGGGCCCGCGGGACCCCCCCGCCGAGUGGAGCCGGGUGUGAGUGCCGGCCGGCCAUGUGUUCACCCGGGAGGCCUGCCUUGGAGCUGACGGCCAUGUGCUACUGUGAACUGUUGGGACUGGGACCACCACGCCUGCAUCAAAAUAAAAGAUUUGCAGGGUGGGAAAUGUGGGAAUUCUACCCCCGUGAUUAUAGCAUUCAGGGCUUGAGGCUCGGGGAGGGCGCGAAGGCUGCUGAGGCUGCACCGCUGCAGAGGCGAGAAUGACCAUCAGGAAGGAGACCAGUCCCAAGGGACUGAGUGACACCCUUAGUUGUGAAGGGGAGGCCAGACAGGAGGACUGCUGGACAGUGUGAUCCCCUCCCCCAACACACAUAAUGGACUAGUUCAUUUUGUUUUCUGAGCUUCACUGACUGAAACACUUAGUACACAACGCAGCAAGAUGGAUGCAUCUGGAUAAAAACUGAUUUCCCCCCACCCCCCAAACCCCCAUUCAGACAGACCCAAGGCAGGCGUGACAGCUAAGCAGACUGAUUUCUGACAGGUAGUAAGAUCCCCAGAUGGGCAGACAGACCCCUGUCUGGACAGGCAGAUAGCCAUAACCUGUAGAUGGCCAGACCGUCAGUGGGACAGUCCACAAAGAUAGGCUGAACAGCAGCCUGAUACGUCAUCUUCAACAAGAGACCAUCAAAAAGAUCAGCACCCUUCCCCAACUGGGCAGCCAGACAGCUACCAGCCAGAUGAACCCCUAGCUGGAGAAAUUUCAGACAGAUAAAAACACCCAACUGAAUGGAGACACAUAUUCUCUUAGACCCACCGCCAAAUGCAUACAGACUGACCUUUUAGUCAGACUCCCGACUAGACAGCUGGACUCCCAGAACCUUAACUGUACAUACUCCCCAACCAGCCAGCCAGGCUCCCAGAGAGGCAGAUAGGUAGACCUCCAGGCAGUCAACUGGCCAGACAGGCAAAUAACCAUCAUAAACCAGACAGAUACCCCCCUAUCCAGACCAUCUCCCAAUUGGGUGUCCAUGGCAGAUCAGCAGAUGCUUGAGACAGACCUCAGUGGAUGAACCAGUCAGAUAGUGAGAUAGCUGGACCUUAAGCCAACUGGCUAGCUAGAUCCCGAGCUGGGUACACAGCUCCCACACCACAUGAACCCCAUCUGAACAGGUGAAUAAACAAGUCAGACCCUAUUUAGACACAUCUCCAACCAGACUGGCCCCUUGCUGUUCACACAGUGCCCUGGCAAGGCAGACCCCCAGCCCUUGAGCUAGACAGUAGAUGCACAAAGCUUGGCAGACAAGUCAGCAGCCAAUGAGACAGACCUCCAUCCUCAGACAGAUGGGCCUCUAGCCAGACAGACAGAUGAACCUCCAAAUAGACUCAGCUGAGAAAAUGAACUCUAGAUAGACUGACUCCACGUUUGAUAAGACCCUCACAGAGGCCCUGGCUGCACAGGCAUGCAGACCCCCAGACAGAGGGACUACAUAGUCAGAAAAUAGUUUCCCUAUCCAAUAGCGCUUCAAACUGGACUGCACCCCAGGUGGUCAAAAAAAUUGAGUAAAUUUACACUCCUGAUCCCACUCUGUGUUCCCUCCCAAUGUGGUCUUCCCAGUGAUGUUUAUCUGACAAUGUCAGGUUCAUCCAGGCAGACUCCCCCCAACGCAGUGCCCUCUCUAGGCUGUUGGAAAACUGUUUGUGUGGUGAACAUGGACCACCAAGGCUUCCACCUCUCCUUGCCCAGCCAUGUCCACGUCUCCCAGUAUAAUUACUGUGAAAAUUCAGUGGAAGAGAGUAUGAAGAUGGUUCAGGACCUACCCUGUGCACAAUAAAUGUUAGCCCAUAAUCAGCUCUGAAUUCAACAGAGGUCCCAAGACAAAUCAUUUGCCCCGUGAGUGUUGGUAAAGGAUGAUGCGGCUUGCCUUCCAGGACGUCAUCUGUCCAGCGCUGUAAGGUGCACAAGAAGCCUCUCCAGCAGCAAGCGAUCAAGAAUGGCACAGAAACUCGGGCACUCCCCAGCUUAACUGGGAACAGGAAGCCAGCACCAUCUCAAACUCUGAGAUGAAAAGCUGGAGCCCACCUUGAUGGAAAGAGGCAGGAGGGUUGUAGAGGGCGAUCACUUACUGUGUUAAUCAAGUUCAAAGCCAGAAACAUUAAGUUCAUUUGACUCCAGAGACCAAAGGAGAGAAGUGUGGGGUGAUGGAGGAAGAGAGGGCCCCUUCCUGAGCAGGGAGGGCAAAGCCCGCGAGUGAGCACUGAUCUGAGGUCUGCCUGGGCUGCUACCCACUUAGCCCAGUUUCCUACUAGAAGCCAUGACUGUGGGAGGGCAGUGGACAGACAGGUGAGAUAUUUGAGGGAGUAGGUUUGGGACUAAGCCUUUUGCAAUCCUUAGCUUCGCCUUCCAGAUAAAAUAAGGAGCAGGGCUGGAACGGAAGAGAGCAGUCCUGGUGACAGCUGAAGGGGAGGUGCCAGCAAAAGGGAUCAUGGGCUGGUGAGGUGGAGAAUGUGGGUGCAUACCGUGUUGGCUUUUUGUAUAUUUAAUUCAUUUGAUCUGUAGAAUGAUAUAUGUAGGUAGACCCUGUCAUUGCAUUCGUUUUACAGAUGAAAGGGAGCCUCUGAAAAGUCUGCUGUUAAUUUGAGAUUUAAAGCCAGAACUAGGUCUCACUGCUCAGUGGUGAAGAAAUACAUGGCUUCGCAUGAAAGAGGCUCUAAGUUAGGAAAUGAAGAGAAAGCUGGCUUCCCCUGGUGCAUAUGUACACAUGGACUGAGGUGUUAGCCAUCAGAGCAACCCCACAAUGGAGGUGACCUUGCUAUCCCCACUUUACACUCAUAAACACAGUGUCCGCAAGCAUCAGCUAAUGUUUCUUUAAACUAAGUAGACCUGGGGCCUCGCUGGUGGCGCAGUGGUUAAAGACAGAGCUAUCAAGCUGUCACCAGCCACUGAGCAUGAGUUCGAUCCCCUGCCGCCCAGGAGCAACCCACAUAAUGCAGCAGACCUAUCUCGCCCACUUCUCCCCUCAGCAGUGUAUUUCGGUCUAUCUGCCUGUUCUGCUCCCCACUCUGUCUCUGGUGAAUCCUCUCAUCAACCCCACCUUGUGCCUCUGGUCUGCACCCCAGUUCUUGUAUGCAUAAAUAAAUAGAUUUUUUUUUUUAAAAAAAAAACUAUACCUGUGUGUGGAGUAGUAGUUAACUUGGACUCAGUCACUUACUAGUUGUGCAGAACUGGGCAAGAGACGAGGAAUGACAGAGUGAGUCUUCUGGGCAAGGUUCUUAACUUCUCUCUGGUCCAAUUUUCUCAUCUAUAAAAUAAGGCAAUGAAGUUACCUUUAUCAUAGGAUUCUGCACAAGAGUGAAUCUAGAUUUUCAUCACAUACAUGGAAAGUAAGAAAUCUCAGUUUUCAGGGGUCACCCCCCAGAAUAAAACAAUAUGCUUGGAAUGAUAAUAUAAAAAACUACCUAAGACAUAAAUAAGUGAAAAUAAAAUUGAUUACACAUUUUCCUACUGAAAGCCUAGGAUUCUAUCCAGUCUAGUGUUUUAAAUCAGUGGGCAGAAAAUGGUUUAUUUAACAUAGGUUAUUGAGGUAAUUAAGUAGUCGUUUAGGGGGGAAAAGAUUUGAAGUACACAUACCUUUUAUAGCAGGAUAAAUGCGACAGAUUUAGAUGUAAUGUGUUAAACCGUAGACAGAAAAAAUUAUGGGAAAGUCUCUUUAUAAUCUUGGACAGCACAGCCCUUGCUACUAUGGAAUAACAAAUCAGAAGCCCAAGAGAAAUACAGGGAAAUUUUAAUGCACAGAAUAUCUCACUCUCACAAAAAUCGUUAUAGGCAUAGUCAGAAAAUUAAUGACAAACUUGAAAAACACAACUGAGAUGCAACAAAACAUUAAUUUUCUGAGAUGUAAAAAGUUCUUAUUAGUCAAAAAGGAAAGGCCAAAAACUGUAAAAAUAUGCAAAGAAGUCCUACCUUAUACAUAAAAAGAUAAAAAAGUUAGGAUUACAUUGAGAUAUCAUUUUCACUUAGAAUAGCAAAAAUCAAAAGUAACACAAUAUGUUGACUAAGAUGUGAGGAAACAUUUUCUCAUAUAUGGCUAGUGGGCAUAUAUAUUCAUACAACCUAUGUGAAAAGCAUUUUAUCAUAUCUAUUAAAAUUUAAAAUGCACAUACUCUGUCAGAAAUUUCAUUUCUAGGCAUUUCUCUUGCAUGGAAACUCCCAAAUGACUAUUACACUGGGUUAUUCGCUGUAGCACUGUCUGAAGUAGCAGAAGACUGGAAACACUUCACAUGUUCGUGGUGGGGGUAAAUAAAUUCUGUGAUGGAAUAUUAUGCAGCGGUUAAAAAGGGCAGCAGUGGGCCUCCCUGGAGGCACAAGGGGUUUAGACACAACCUAUGGGGCUGUCCGAGGCCUCUGCAGUGAGGGUUUGAUCCCCAGCCAGGCAGCUACCCACACGGUGCAACAGACCGCUCCUGACUCGCCCACUGCUCCCCUGAGCAGUGUAUUUCAUCAGUCUGCCUGUUCUGUUCCCCACUCUGUCUCUGGUGAAUCCCCUCAACCCCCACACCUCUGACCUACCCCGGCUCUUGUAUGCAUAAAUAAUCUUUAAAAAAAAAAAAAGGGCAGGGGAAGAAGGAAUGAAGACACCUAUGCCCUGGUGUGGCCAAAUCUCCAGAUUGAAGAAUGAAAAACAUAAAUAGUGGUUAUGUUAAAAAUAAUUUGUGUGAACAUAUAUAAAUGUGUUUUUCCUUGGGUUUGCCUAAAGCAUCUUUGAAAAAAGCACAAGAAAAUUGAGAGCGCACAAAAGGCCUGGGGGCCCUGUCCCCUAGACCCCAAGCUGUGCUUGGCCAGCACAGCAUUUAUCUUGCUGUCCCUGCCACCCUCCUCUCCCCAGCAUUUGUGCUGACGUGCCAUUCUCCAGUUCCUCCUGUGCCUCGUGCUGGCAGCUCCCGGUGUCAGCACUGUCCUACCCUACUCUUGAGUGAAGUCUGCCUUCCUGCUGCCUCCCCCUGGCUACAUCCUUCAUCCACCAGAAGAGAUUUGGGAUGAACUAUCUCCCCUUCCUCCAGGAGUGAGAGGGUGAUAUAAGAACAGCCACUGCCCUCAGGGUAUAUUUUCCGUCAGCUCACAGAGCUUUCUUUGGAAGAUUGAACUUCAGUGACCACAAUGAGAGCUGUCCUGACCACAGCCUUGACCAGCUGCCCGCCUUCUCGCCCCUGACUGUACUUCACUGUCCUCCCAACCGCCCAAACAGCCGUUUGCCGGGAAC